UCUACACGCAAUAACUACACGAACAAUUUUCGAUUCUUUACAUGAGAGUAAGAAAGAAAAAGGUUUGGAGGAAAAAGAUAGAAAAUAAAAUAAGAAAAACAGAUUGAAUCUUGAUACCGAAGGUGGUAAUAUUGGAGGCGCAAAAUGAAUAUGAGGCCCAACAGAUAUCGCAGCCAUAAAUCUCCUGAAUCGCAAAAAAAUACAUGCAACACACAAUGGUUGAUCCAGCAAAUGAGAAAAAUGUCACAUGAAUUAAAUGUACAGAAAAAUAUUUUUGAUCAUGAAAUUCAAAGAAUUUGUAGAAGAAGUCUUACGGACUGUGACAGACAUUUAUUUAGAUUUCUAUCUAGUCGUCAUGAAAAUUUCCAAACCAUCGAAAGUAGAUUAUCGCUUAUUUUAAAUAGAUUAAAAAAACGACUAGCACUUUUGAGGUCUAAAAAUACUCGUGAAAGAUUAGAGUCUUCAAGUAGGAGGAGCCUAUCAGUCACAGAUACAGAGCGCAGAGAAGUCAAAAUAGUAUAUAGACAAGAGGGAGAAGAAAUUAGGCGGAAAUCUGACCAGACUGAAUUGAAUGAAGAUCAAGGUCAGAUGGCUAUACCUGGUACUUCUAAGGAAGAUCAAAGAUCAUACUCCCAUCAAGAAAUUAUAGGCUCUGAAAGUACAGCGACAAAUCGUUCCCGCACACCUUCACGCGUGUCGAUGGAUAAUAAUUUUAGACUGGAAGAAACUGAACAUCCUCAGGAAAAUUCAACACGUGGUGAAAGUCACAUAAAGAAAAGUGUCAAGGAGUUGGAGAAAACAACGACAGCUAUUCAAUCUUCACGAUCUAGAUCCAGAGAUCGUUCCCAUUCUAUAGAACAGCCAAGAUUACGUACAGAAGAAUAUGAGCAAACUCGCAAUGAUAAUCGUCAAAGAUCUUUGCGAGUGAGUGUGCCAUCUUAUAGAUCUUAUCAAGGAAGAUCAAGAAAUCUUUCAAAUGGGAGACAGGAGAGAUUUAUAGAGAGAGAGAGAAAUUGGAGUACAGAGAGAGAUAGACCUUCCGUGAGAAGUUCGUCGGAUCAUUACAAUAGACAGUACAAUGUUAUAUUUGUACCGGUUAAUUACGAGGAAAAUUACCCUUUUCAUUGGAAUCCAGGGUAUGAUUUGAAUUAUAAUCCACCGCCACUUUAUGGACCAGAAACAUGGUACCCGUCUCACUAUAUGAGGGGUAUCAUGCCUAGAGGAAGUCGUGGGGGCAAUAGAAGAUUUCAUCGAUCAUCUUCGCAAACAUUUUGAUGAUGUACAUCUUCAAGAGUUCACCUCCAGGAUAUUUCCUCUAAGCUUGCCAUUUUCUGUUUAUCUUACGAACUGUUUCAUUAUAAAUAUAUGCAUCCGCUACAUAUAUAUAUAUAUGUUAACAUCUUAUAUAUUCUAGUGGAAAUAUAAGUUCUUCUAUCAUCUUC